AUGGUGUCCGCUGUGGGUGCUGCCAAUGGCCUUCAGGAGCAACUUCUGCCCGCCCACAAGCGCCGCACGGGGCGGAUCGCGAGUCUGAGCGAGUUCCAGCAGCGGGCCGAUUCGUAUCGCCAUGAGGACAGUUCCGCUGUGGACGACUACCUAGUCGAUGUGGACGCUCGGAGCGAAGACUCGGACCUGCUCGACGCCUUCCGCAAGUACGCGGCGCAGCGCUCCAUCUCCAGCGGCUCGCUCUUCGGAGGGGAGCGCGCGCGCGCCAAGAACAAGCAGAAAUACUAUCGACGACAGCUCAAGGCCGUGAGCUUUUUGGUGCUGCUCGGGGUCAUCGGAGGACCUCUCAACUACGGGAUCAGGAGGUGA